AUGGAUCAAAUCCCCGCUGAUGCCUUCACAGGCAUGCCUUGUACCAUCAGGCGCGUCGUGUUCUUCUUCAUGCUACUGAUCGGUCUCUGGAACUUCUUCCUCAAUGUGGCAGCGCGAUACAAGGAGCACCCUUUCGACAACAUCAACGGCUUCCCUCUCUGGAUUCUGAACCUCAUUACAAGCACAGCGUGGUGUGCGUGCACCGUCAUCUACAUCGUGAUCACUUGGGUGUAUGCCAAAGAGCACCCGUACUGGUCAGUCGGCGCCCUGGUCUUUGCACUCGGCAUGACUGGGUUCAUGGUCUGGGCAGGCCUGGACAUAUUCGACUGGUUCGUCUGGGGCCCCCUGAUCAUUGACCUCGGUAUCAUCGUCCGCGCCGGCAUUGAAGCCAUAGCCAGCAGCCCACAAUCUGGGAUGCUACGCGCAACCUGGAAUGGUCUUUGGGGUUUCGAACCUCUACCUCCACCUACACCGAAUGCACACGCUGGCCCGGGCAACCCCGGAGAUCUCGAGUUGGGACCAUACCCUGGUCGUCCUCGCCCUGCGAACGACGGCUAG